GGUAGCAGUUCUAUGGCCGCUUCUAGUGCGGCUCUUCGCAAAUGAGCAGAAAGGAGGCUAGGGCUCCCCUCCGCGCAUUUGAGCGAGCGGUGAGCCUCCGCGCGAUCGGCCACCCAGCCCAGGGCAGGGAACAGGGGGUGGUUGGCUGAGCCCGCGGUACCCGCCUCUGUCGCCGCCUCUACGGGCCCCUCUCUCUCCUCAGGGUCCCAUGAUGGCGGCGGCGUGGAUGGACCCGACGCGGGUGUCUGUGACCUUUGAUGAUGUGGCUGUGACUUUUACCCAGGAGGAGUGGGGGCAGCUGGACCCCGCCCAGAGGACCCUGUACCAGGAGGUGAUGCUGGAAAACUGCGGGCUCCUGGUGUCUCUGGGGUGUCCUGUUCCCAGAUCUGAGCUGAUCUACCAGCUGGAGCAGGGGCAGGAGCUGUGGAAGGUGAAGAAAGACCUCUCCCAAAGCACCUGUCCAGGUGACAAAGGAAAGCCCAAGACCACAGAACCUACCACUUGUGAGCCAGCCCUGUCUGAGGGAGUCUCACUCCAGCAACAACUAAUACAAAGAGUUUCAGAGGACUCCCAGUUGGGCCAAAUCAACAAUCAGGAAGGGUCAUUGGAAAUGCAAGAAGGACACUUGAGAGCAGAGAUAGAACCCCAGAAGGGGAAGCUCCCUGGGAAACCAAGCUCUGAAUAUGGCAGCUUAGGGACACCUGGUGGUGUGUGUUCAAGGAUUGUAGAGGAGCCAGUCCCUCCAGGAGGUACUGUCCAUGACCAUGACUCAUGUGGAUCUGGUAAUGAUCUCAUGAUUCAAGAAGAGGAAAGUAUCUUUAAAUGCAACGAAUGUGGGAAAAUUUUUAAUAAGAAACGCCUCCUUGCUCGACAUGAGAGGAUUCACUCUGGAGUGAAGCCCUAUGAAUGCACAGAGUGUGGGAAAACGUUUAGUAAGAGCACUUAUCUCCUUCAACACCACAUGGUCCACACCGGGGAGAAGCCCUAUAAGUGCAUGGAGUGUGGCAAGGCCUUCAACCGCAAGUCACACCUUACACAACACCAGCGGAUUCACAGUGGAGAAAAGCCUUAUAAAUGCAAUGAAUGUGGAAAGGCCUUCACCCACCGCUCCACUUUUGUUUUGCAUAACAGGAGCCACACUGGAGAAAAACCUUUUGUGUGCAAAGAAUGUGGAAAAGCCUUCCGAGAUAGGCCAGGUUUCAUUCGACACUAUAUCAUCCACAGUGGUGAGAAUCCAUAUGAGUGCUUUGAAUGUGGCAAGGUCUUUAAACACAGGUCAUACCUCAUGUGGCACCAGCAGACUCACACUGGGGAGAAGCCCUACGAAUGCAGUGAAUGUGGGAAAGCCUUCUGUGAGAGCGCAGCCCUUAUUCACCACUAUGUCAUCCACACUGGGGAGAAGCCCUUUGAGUGCCUCGAGUGCGGGAAGGCCUUCAACCACAGGUCAUACCUCAAGAGGCACCAGCGGAUUCACACUGGGGAGAAGCCCUACGUGUGCACUGAAUGUGGAAAGGCCUUCACCCACUGCUCCACUUUUAUCUUGCAUAAACGAGCCCACACUGGAGAGAAACCUUUUGAGUGCAAAGAAUGUGGGAAAGCCUUUAGCAAUCGGGCAGACCUCAUUCGGCACUUCAGCAUCCACACUGGAGAAAAGCCCUACGAGUGCAUGGAGUGUGGGAAGGCCUUUAACCGCAGGUCAGGCCUCACCAGGCACCAGCGGAUUCACAGUGGAGAGAAGCCCUAUGAAUGCCUCGAGUGUGGGAAAACCUUCUGCUGGAGCACAAACCUCAUUCGACACUCCAUUAUCCACACUGGAGAGAAGCCCUAUGAGUGCACUGAGUGUGGAAAGGCCUUCAGUCGCAGCUCAUCCCUCACUCAGCAUCAGAGGGUUCAUACUGGGAGAAACCCUGUCAGUUGUGAGGAAUGCGGGAAAGUUUUUAAUAAGAAUUGCUUCCUUGUUCGACAUGAGCAGAUUCACUCUGGUGUGAAGCCCUAUGAAUGCACAGAGUGUGGGAAAACCUUUAUUAAGAGCACACACCUCCUCCAGCACCACAUGAUCCACACCGGGGAGAGGCCCUAUGAGUGCACAGAGUGCAGGAAGGCCUUCAACCGCAGGUCACACCUCACAAGGCACCAGCGGAUUCACACUGGAGAGAAGCCUUACAAGUGCAGUGAGUGUGGAAAGGCCUUCACCCACCGCUCCAAUUUAGUCUUACAUAACAGAAGCCACACUGGUGAAAAACCCUUUGUGUGCAAAGAAUGUGGGAAAGCCUUUCGAGAUAAGACAGGUUUCCUUCGACACUACAUCAUCCACACGGGAGAGAAGCCCUUUGAGUGUGUGGAGUGUGGGAAAUCCUUCAACCGCAGAUCACAUCUCACCUGGCACCAGCAGAUUCAUAGUGGAGUGAGACCCUUUGAAUGCAAUGAAUGUGGGAAAGGCUUUUGUGACAGCACAGACCUCAUCCAACACUAUGUCAUCCACACUGGAGAGAAGCCAUACAAGUGCCUUGAGUGCGGGAAGGCCUUCUACCGCAGGUCACACCUCAAGCAGCACCAGCGGAGUCAUACUGGGGAGAAGCCCUAUGUGUGUGGUGAAUGUGGAAAGGCCUUUACCCACUGUUCCACUUUUAUCUUACAUAAAAGAGCCCACACUGGAGAAAAACCCUAUGAAUGCAAAGAAUGUGGGAAAGCCUUUAGCAGUCGGUCAGACCUCAUUCGACACUUCAGCAUCCACACUGAAGAGAAGCCUUAUGAGUGCAUGGAGUGUGGGAAAGCCUUUAACCGUAGGUCAUACCUCACCAGACACCAGCGGAUUCACAGUGGAGAGAAGCCCUAUGAAUGCAUGGAAUGUGGCAAAGCCUUUUGCCAAAGGGCAAACCUCAUUCGACAUGCCAUCAUCCACACUGGAGAGAAGCCCUAUGUGUGCACUGAAUGCGGAAAGGCCUUUACCUACUGCUAUACUUUUAUCUUGCAUAAAAGGGCCCAUAUUGGAGAAAAACCUUUUGAGUGCAAAGAAUGUGGGAAGGCUUUUAGCACUAGGAAAGACCUCAUUCGACACGUCAGCAUCCAUGCUGGAGAGAAGCCCUAUGAGUGCAUGGAGUGUGGGAAGGCCUUUAACCGCAGGUCAGGCCUCACCAGGCACCAGCGGAUUCACAGUGGAGAGAAGCCCUAUGAAUGCCUCGAGUGUGGGAAAACUUUCUGCUGGAGCACAAGCCUCAUUCGACAUUCUGUCAUCCACACUGGAGAGAAGCCCUAUGAGUGCAGUGAGUGUGGAAAGGCCUUCAGUCACAGCUCAUCCCUCACUCAGCAUCAGAGGGUUCAUACUGGGAGAAACCCUGUCAGUGUGACAGAUGUGGGAAGAACUUUCACAAGUGGGCAAUCCUCAGUCAAUCUUCAAGAACUCCUAUUGGGGAAAGACUUUUUGCAUGUAACCACUGAGGAAAAUCUUUUGCCAGAGGAGACAUCUUACUCAGAAUCUGAUCAUUCAUACCAAAGAGAAACCCCACAAUUUUCUUCCCUGUGAGAAUACCUAUUGCAGGAUAUCACUUGUCAUCUAAAGAGUCAUGUUAGAAAUGGCCUCAGCUUAGAAACUUAUUCUGUACCUGAAAAUUCACACAGGAGAGUGAUCCAAUCUUUAUUGUGCACUUAGCAAAACUCUCAGCCACAUCUUUCUCCUUAGUUUACGCUACAAAAUUAUCUCAGGGAUAUUUAAACAAAAGAGGAGGAGACGAGAAAAGAGAAAUGCAAACACAGCUUUCAGAUUUCCGUGAUGAGCCUGUGGCAGUUUGUCAUCCCUUAGUUUAUUUGAGGUAAGGGGAGUGUUGUUGCAGAGAUCAGAGGGCCUUGUUCCUUUUAUUUGUCUUGAAUAUACAUGCACUGCUGUCCAGUGUCAGGAGAGUUAAGACAGUUGAGGGUAUGUCUGAAAACAUUUACUGAAAGCCAACUUUGUUCUACAACAUUGUCUCUGUCCUUGAGUAGCAUAUGUCUUUAUGAGAAAUAUGAAGGCUUGACUUAUGAAAUACUUUCAUAUUUAAGGAGAUAAAGAUGUAUGCAUGAAUGGGCCCAUUUUACUGCAUAUUUAAGACUGAUUUUUUGAGAACACACUGUGUCAUGUGUCUUU